CUCUGGUUUUAAUUUGAGUCGUGUUUCAUCAAAAUCUGUGGAGUGAAACUUGAAAUAUACGAAUUUUUCUUCGUAUCGAAGAAUUUAUAAUUCGAAUUUCAGUUGGGCUUCGUUUGCAUAGCAAUCGAGUUAAAAUACUGUUACACGAAUUAUUCUAUUCUAUUUUAUGUAUCAUUGUGUCUGUGUUCGCCAAUAUUUGAAUCGACUGGCUUGCACUUAUUCUGCAUAUUAUAAUGAUGAAAAUUAAAUUUUUGCAUGUGUGUAUGCCAAGCGGGUCGGGAAUCGUUUUGGGAAUAGUUGUAUGAAUACGGUGCAAUGCGAUCACAUGGGGAAGGCGAGAGAAUGACAACGAUCAAUAGUAUUACGAAAAUGAAUUGGUGAUUCAUUCGUUGAAAAUUUUGUGCACAACAUGGUGUCUGGGGACCACGAACGGUUGCUGCCCGAGCCGGAGAAUUACGUGAAAUGUUUUUACGACCUUUUCAAAAGUAUUGCCGACGCACAGAGAAAUAAGGAGGAAUGGAAAAAAUGCAAGAAAAAUAAAGCUGUGUGCAAAAGGGAUAAGAAAAAGAUUGAUUUGAAUGGUGAUGCAAAUUAUAAUACUGCACUAGAAGUAGAAUUAUCCUGCAAUGCUUCUGCAUUCGCUGUAUUUGCUAGUGUUAGGAGUGUCAUUUUGGACAAGUAUGCCAGAACAACAAGUGAGAUUUCUAGAGCAUUGAACUGCAAUUCUCCACUACCACAAGAACAUAGUGAAACUAUUGAUUCAGAAAGUGAUGAUGAGGAUAGGAUAUCAACUAUACAGAGCUUACCAAAGAUUGUAGGUAUCGGUUUAAGAAGUGUUUUCACAUUGAUGAGAGAAAGUAGAACAAUUGAACCUGUUUUAUGUACAAAAGCAUUAUCAGCUUUAUUGGAUAUAUUACAAGGACAACUUCCUGAAGGCCUGAAAUCUGAACCAGAUGAUGUUAUUGAUCCACUUUUUGAUUUAUUAUUGGAUCUUGCCACUUCACAUGGCCCGGAAUCAGCUGCUGCCAAUGAUGGUAGUCAUUUGACUGCAGUUGCUUGUGCUUGUUUAUUGAGUCUUGUGGUUGUCCGAGGUGAUACUGGCCGUUUGUUAGCAGCGAUAGCAGCUUUACUCAUGUGUCCCAGAGCGUUAGCAGUUCAAAAUAUACAAAUGCCAUGUGUUUUAACAUCUUUGCAAAGAAGUGUGCAAGCUGUUUUACUUGGGAAACUUGCACGGCCAGAUUGGAUUACAUAUGGAGUUCCUGAAUGUACUAAGAUUUAUACUUCUACGCUUAAGUUACCAAAUGAGAUAAAUAAUGUAGUGCUAAAUGGGCGAAGUUUCGUGAGUGAUGGAAAGUACCUGUAUCUGCAUACAAGUAGAGGAUUAUUAAAGAUUGGUAGUGGUCAUGGUGGAACUAUUUGGGGUCAUAUGUAUAUUCAAAAAGCAGAUUUCUAUCCAACAGAAACGGGCUGGCUCGGUUACGCAAAUAAUACACUGUAUUUUAAGUAUACACCCAGGAAACGAAGCGAGCUAUUAAUUAUCGAUGCAGAGACUCUUACAGUUACGGAAAUCGCUGUUUUAGAAGGUCGUGAUUGGUCAUCCUCUGUUAUGUUCUCUGAUGGGGAAUGUUUAGGAAUGAUUACAGCUGGAAAAGAUGAUGGUUUUGUAGUCAGAACAAUAAAUACAUUAAGUAAUCCAGUAACAGUUGCAUCAGAAUUGCCAUUGAAAUUGGCAAGGAAAUGUGUAGAUGUUUUUGGAUAUGCUACUUUCGAUGAAGAGCAAGCGGUUCAUACAUUAAAUUCAGGCUGUGAUGAUGAAAUUAUGACAGUUACAGCAGGGAAAGAAUUUGCUUUAUUAAAAACAGUGUCUGGGAAAGUUCUGUACAGUGGAAAAGGAACUGCGCUUGGUAUGAAAAAUAAUACGAGGCCUAAUAGAUGGAUAGAGCUAUCGCUUGGGAAAGGGCCGAGAGUUGUAAAUUUCGCAGCUGGUCAUGAUGGUCAACAUGUUGUAAUGGUUCUGGAAGAUGGAUCGGUUUUGUUUGCUGGUACUGCUAGGCGUGGAGAGGAUGGUGAUAACAAUAAAGUCAGGCGUCAACCUAAACCGGUGAAACCAAAAAAGAUAACAAAAGUGGAAGGGCAGUGCGUUGUGGAUGCUGCUUGUAAUAACGGAUCAACAGCUUUAGUUACAAAAGAGGGUUCUUUGUUGAUGUUUGGGAAAGAUACAUUGCAUAGCGAUCCUGUUUCGGGACUGGUUAUUGAUCUCAGAGACGUUUGCGUUGUUCAUGUAUCGCUAGGAAAAGCUCACGCGGCUGCAUUAACUAAUAAAGGACAUUUGUACACGUUCGGAAUUAAUAAUAAAGGCCAAUGUGGUAGAGAUUUUACAACAGUUCACAGUAUCACUGUAAAUAAAGAUAUGUCUAUCGUUGCUGUGGAGAUGGGUCCAGCAGAAGAAGAACUUCUAAUAACCGAAGAAGAUGGUAUGGAAUCUAUGGAAGAUUGGGAAGAAGCAAAGGGAAUGUGCCCUCCAGGGUUGCACCAGUGGAGACAUCGAGUUUGCAUGGUUUGCACAGUAUGUCGUGAAUGCACUGGUUACAGUAUAGCCUGUUUAAGCGGCAUGCGCCCAGACCGAAAUCCAGGCCAGGAAUGCGGGUGCGGUGAAGGAGAUAGUGGAUGUGCGGAAUGCGGAUGCUGCCGUACUUGUGCGAGGAAGAGUUGUGCUAAUGGUAGAUCAAGUUCAAAUUUUCGGGAAUAUUUGCAAAGACGCUUGGGAGAAAUAAAGCAAAAGCAGCGAAUAAAAGCAGGCCCUAGUACUGCAAAGUAUGCGAUGAAGAUGAAAGGUCCGAAUAAUCAAAGGCUAGCUGGGCCAAGCGUGAUGCAGAAAGCUGCUGGUAAAAUGGCUAUAGGAUUAGGUACUAAUUUAAUAAAUGAAGAAGGCAUUGGCGGAAGUGACAUUGAACGAGGAGAUGCUGCAAGAAUUGCUAGUAUACCACCAGCUAGAGUUCCUAUACCUAGUGAAAGUCCAGUGGUGCAGGUAUCCUGUGGUUUACAUCAUACAGUGGUACUUUUACAAAAUGGAGAGGUUUAUACGUUUGGAAGCAACAUUUACGGUCAGUUGGGCGUGGGUGAUCUGAUAGCACAUGGCGGACCAGUUCAUGUCAAAUUGCCAGGAAUCGCAACGCAAGUUGCUGCUGGGAGCAAUCACACUGUUGUACUUACAUCAAAAGGCGAAGUGUUUACAUUUGGAGCUUAUCAAAAAGGGCAAUUGGGUAUAAAUUGGUGGAAUGGACAAAAUGAAUCAGCGAAUGCCGCUCCGCAUGCGAGUCGUCGCUCUGAUAGAACGCAACCGCGGCAUUGCUUUCCAAAUGCAAUACCGAACAUUGGUCCUCAGUGGCGUAGACGGGCAACAUGGGUUGGCGCGAGUGGAGAUCAAACUUAUGUGAAAAUCGAUGAAAUGAAUUCUAUUAGUUUAACAAGGAGUACUGUUAUGGCAAAUAAAAAUUGCAUAAUUUUAAUUCCACAUCAAACCGAUCAUGCGAAUUCCUUCAAAUGUCUAGUUAUAAGCAAACGAGAUGGUACUUGUAAUAGUUACAGCGAACCGGAUCAAGUCGACUUCAGUAAUUGUGCUGCGUGUUUAGAUCCUUUAUAUAAUGUGAUUUGGACUUUUAAUCCUAUGAAUAAUGAAAUAAGCUUAUAUAAUAUAAUAUCAACGGAAGCUAGAACAAUUCCUGGCUUGGAAGCAUCAAUUCUGAGUCCAGGUUUAGCAUUACCAGUAAUAUCUAACUGUUUUGUAACGCGUUCUCAAGCUGCAAUGCAUUUAUUAGCUUGUUUGGAUACCCUUACACAAGCACAAGAUGAAAAUCUGUCUAUAGUAGAAGAGAAUGAGUGUAAUCAAUCGACACACGGGAAAGUGUACAGUCGUGAAGACUUCGUCACGGUUAACAGAUUUGAAAGUCAUGGUGGUGGUUGGGGCUAUUCUGCACAUUCAAUUGAAGCUAUUAGAUUUAUGCCCGAUACUGAUAUUUUGCUAGGAGGAUAUGGUUUAUUUGGAGGCCGAGGAGAAUACACGGCCAAAAUAAAACUUUUUGAUAUUGGGAUGGAUGGUGGGGAUCAAGAGAACGACGGCGAACUUUUAGCAGAGUCAGAAGAAAUACCGUAUGAAUGUGGGCCUAGACAAAAGUAUUCUAUCUUAUUUUACGAACCAAUUUCACUACAAGCAAAUCGGUGGUAUGUAGCAUGGGCCAAAGUGAACGGACCGUCUAGCGACUGUGGGUCUGGUGGCCAAGGAAUGGUCACAGCUGAAGAUCAAGUUAUGUUUUAUUUUAAAUCAUCGAAGAGAUCUAAUAACGGGACAGAUGUAAACGCUGGACAAAUUCCACAAUUAUUAUAUCGAAUUGUUACACCAGAGAAUCAGACUCCUAAUAGGCAGAGAGAUCAAGUUGAACCAGUUUACGUAUUAAAAAGGGAUUUCAGUAGAACUGUGACUAAAGAAUGCUUUCAAUCAUUGAUAUCUCUUUUCCAAUGGAGUUGGAAUACAUUAAAGGCAGCACUGAAUGAUACCAUGGUUCACACCAUUUCCUCUCACACUUUACUUGAAGUGGAGCGUUUAGUUUAUAUUAGUAAAGCUAGCUUGCGAUUACUUAGAACUUACACUAAUGAAAUAUAUCCUAAUCAAGUGGGGAAGAAGACUCCAGCUGAAUCAGUUCGGUUAGCAGAGUGUAUAGGAGAAGUACGCGCAUUACUACAUCAAAUUUUAUCAGAUACCGUGCCAUUAAAUGCAAAAAGCAAAGGAAAACUACGAUCAAGUAAAAGUCCUGAUACUUUAAAUAAUAAGAUGACAAACAGUAUAUUAGACGAAUGUCACAAAACAUUUGUAGCGUGUUAUCAUGCAUUUUACCCAACAGCAUAUUUGAAGUGGACGUGCCUGUGCGAGUUAUUGUCAGAAAUUGACAGAGAACAAGGGAGGUCUACGAAAGAUCGAUUGUUAUCGGCUGUUUUAGCUGCCUUAUGCAAUCCUACCAUUCGUCUCCGAUGUACUUUCCCCAUUUUAAACAACGUCAUGGACAGUAGCGAUAGCAUAAAACAGCAGCUAAGUCCAUCCGACAAUACGGGCUUAUUGAUGAUUAACUCGACUGAAAGUCAUCAGUACCCAAUUUUGGUCGAACAGAUCAGUUACAAGUCUCAAGUGGAAAGUUCUGGCAAAGAAACUCUGAAUUGGUCAUUUCGCGACGUACUCGAUAGACUGUUGGAUUUGAUUUUAGUACCUGUGAAGAAAAACCUUUGUAGAAAGAAGGCUCAAUCACUGCCAGAGUUGGUACUUCAUUGUUGUUAUUUGUUAGCGCGAGUGAUUGCCGAGCUGGCGGUGCAAUCCAGCGGGAACGAGGAUGAACUUCAAGCCGCUUGUGGCAGGCUUAUGUACACUACACCUUCGAGAUUUACUCGCGUAAAUCAAACAAGAUCGUGGAACACCGGUAACGGUUCUCCAGAUGCAAUUUGUUUCUCGGUUGACAGACCUGGCAUUGUUAUUGCUGGAGUCGGAAUCUAUGGCGGUGUUGGAAUGUACGAUUACGAAUUAGAACUCCUUGACGAUCAAAAUAAUACAGGUAAUGAUCCAUCACAUACUCAACGUUGGAGUAGUUUGGAUUUUACACGCGGCUCUUUCGGGCCAGAUGAUUGUGUUAACGACAUAGUAGAAUUAAAAUUUGAUAAGCCCGUACCCAUUAAGGAAAAUGUUAAGUACGCUAUUAGACUGAGAAAUCGGGGCGGACGCACAAGUAAUGGUGAUGGUGGGCUGAGCGUGGUUAAAGGACCUGACGGAACUACGUUCACCUUUACGGCUUGUUCCCUAAGUUUCAACGGCACAACGCAGACCAGAGGCCAAAUACCACAUAUUCUCUAUUAUUCGAAUCCUCAAGACUCCGAUGGCCAACAUACGAGUAAAGCGAUGGCCGAGGUACAAGCAAGAAAAUGUGCCCUUGCAAUGACAGCUACAAUUAUUCAGAGAUCGAACGAGAUCUUUGCCUUAGCGAGAGAAAGGGCAGAAGAAGUGGUAGCUGCUGAGGUUCUCGGGAAUGCAACGUUCGUGACAACUCUUCUACCAUUGGUUAUGGCACAUAUUAUUCUCCUCGCAACAUCGGAUCCGCGGAGUGGAGUUCAAGUUCUUACACUGAUACAAGAGAUGUUACCUCAUGUUGCGGCCCUUAAUUUACUAUCGGGAUCGUCUGAAGUGUCUCAAGACAGCGAAGUUCAGUCUCAUGCCCCUGCGCCCAUAACUACUAGUCAUCACUAUACCUGGUUGGAAAGUGAACAUCCUUAUAAACCGGCUACAGUUUCUCGCUAUAAAGUCACUUUUCCGAAAACGGUCAAGUGGUUAACUAUCGAAUUUACCCCAGACUGUGGCACAGCUCAGCCAGAAGAUUACUUGCAAUUGUACAUUCCAAAUAUAAUUUCAUUUUCUGGAAUGAACUCGACAGCAGAUAAUGUACCCUUGCCUGUGUUGCACAAACUAAGCAAUGUACAAAAUCAAUGGCCUCAAAAUGCGAUUUUAUUACCAGGGCAUGAAGUUAUAUUCUCAUUAGAAACAGCCUCGGAUUACAUGAGAAAUGAUAGAGCAAUCACGUAUGGGUUUAAGUGCUUAGUUAUUGGAUACGAUUGGAUAACAUCAGGCAAUGGUUUGAAAAAUCUUGAAAUUGAACUAUCGUUCCUUGGCGGAGCCUGUGCUGCGAGUCUCAUGAAGAGAAAUCUUGCAUUACCACCUGUGUCUAAUGAAGAAGUAGAAGAGGAUUUGGAGCUGAUGCAAGAAACCGCGAAGAGGAUCUUCUCCGUGCACUCGACACUACUUGGACGAGGAUUCGCUCUGGCUUCGCCCCCGACGGUGUCCCAGGCUCUCGACGGAGUUCUUCCAUUCAGGUAAGUGCCAAGCCACA